AUGGAGGGAAACGGCAAGGGUCACGACGCUACGGAUAGCGCCCCCAUUAGACCCGUAUCUUCGCUCCUGUCCCAUUUCGAGAAUCUCUCACAUCGCCGUUCUCCGUCCGCCGUACCCAGCGGUCCCCGCGACAGCACACUUCUCAAGGCACCGGAACUAGAGGAUGAUUUCCGCUCAUCUUCGCGGGCUUCUCUCGAUCUACCUCGUCCUUCUCCCUGGGCUUCUGCAACGGAUUUGUCGAAUGGUCGGCGGAAUGAAUAUGUGAACGGUGCGAGGGGACGGAAUGGCGGAACACCGGGGAUUUCGCCUGGGAGGCGACAGAGUAGGCCAAUGUCGAUGAACUUUCACUCGUCACCGCAGCUGGCCCCGACUUUGACAAUAGACUCCCCUCGCUCCCCGCCGCGUGGACUGGGUACAUUCGACCGUGGAGAUGAUUUUCGUUUUGCGCGGAGUCCGCCGAGUGUCUCGCGGGAAUCGCUGCCUAUCACGUCAGGUAGAGCGUCCUCUAGUCGCCCGACCACGCCCGUCAAUGCAUCGCCCAUCCCCAUGGAGCGGAGAACCGGUCACCUUUCCCCAGGAUCGUCUACAUCGGCAGGGUCAACAGGUGAAGCCCCCCAGCCUAACCGAGCGUCGAAGCCCAAGAUCCCCGCAAAGCCGGCGAACCUGACAUUCCAUGAUUCGAGCCCCUCUCUGGCUCCAACCCAGCCACGAGCAGCCUCGCGAGACCGUGUGUCGCCGUUUAGCACCCCACCGAGCAGUCCUGAGAAGGCAUCGCCAAGUCGGCCCGCCGCCGCGAAGCCGAUCCGACCUCUGCGCCCCCCUUCUCGCCAAUCCCCACCGCCACCAUCCGCCGUCGAGAUGCCACCACGCCGGUCAAUGGAGAGAUCACCUGCUCCUCCACCUAUUAGGGCAUCAUCCGCUUCGCGGCGCUCGCCAGUCCCCGAGACACCGCGACAAAGCAAGCCGCUGACUGUUCAGAUUCCCAAAGGGCCUUCUGUACAACCUGCAGCUCUAGCAAGCGCACCAUUGUCCGCCCGGUUGUCGCAAAGAAAUGAUAGCCCUCAUAGCCGGCCAGGUCUUCCGCCACGACAUCCAAUCGUGGUCCACCGGACGGGAAGGUCACCUGCAAGGCAACCUGCCGCCAUUGAAAGCCCAGCACCCAUAAGACAUAUUUCCCGGACCGACUCAAUACAGACUCCGCGCAUUCAAACCCCGCAAAUCCAGCGACAACCGUCAGUUUCGCGAGAUAAUAAGCGCCUGCCACCUCCAUCAGGUUCGGACAGGGCGGUUUCGGAUCGUCAGCCCGUGCGACCUACUAUCAGCUCAGAGGAGCCGGUUGCUGAUGAACCGCCUAUACGCACAGACUAUCCUGAUGCCUCGAAUACGAAUAGGCGGCCACCCAUCCUGAAGACAGGACCUCGAGAGAUCAAUACUCGUUAUGAUACGCGAUUGAUGGAUGUGUGCGGAAAGCAUGUAUGCACAACUGGCUACAUCACGCGUGUCUGGGAUCUCACGACGGGGGAACAGCUCAUGAGUCUUAGCCAUGGUGAAACUGUGAAGAGCUUGUCACUGGCUUUCAAGCCGGGGGCAGGUCUUGAAGAUGAGGGUCAACGCUUGUGGAUUGGUACUAAUAACGGAGAGCUUCAUGAGCUAGACGUCAAUACCGGGUCGAUUGUGGCGUCGCGCGCAUAUCCAUCGCGGCGAGAGGUCAUCAAAAUUCUGCGCCACAAGAAGGAAAUGUGGACAAUCGACGAUGAAGGCCGGUUACUCGUGUGGCCGCCGGACGAGACUGGUGUUCCUGACCUUCACUACAGCUAUCACACCCCUCAAGACAGGGUUGCGAGAGGCCAUACGUUUUCGAUGGUUGUCGGGGAUACUCUGUGGCUGGCUACGGGCAAGGAAGUUCACUUGUACCGACCUGAUGCACGCGAUGAUGCCUCUUUCAAGAUUCUGAAGCGGCCAUUAGGUUCGCAUCACACCGGAGAGGUCACCUCGGGUGCUUACACAACUAAGGACGGUGGUCGGGUGUACCUGGGCCAUGCGGAUGGUAAGGUCACUGUUUACUCGGCCAACGACUACGCUUGCCUUGGUGUCGUGAAUGUCAGCGUAUACAAGAUAAAUUGCCUGGGAAUUGUGGGUGAUAAUCUCUGGGCUGCUUACAAAACAGGGAUGAUCUACGUUUAUGAUACGCGCACAAACCCUUGGACUGUCUUGAAAGACUGGACUGCACACGAUAGCCCCGUCUGCGGGUUCUUGCUCGAUACUAGCAGUGUGUGGACGAUGAACCGACUGCAAGUGACAUCGCUAGGACAGGACAAUUGUAUUCGUCUUUGGGACGGCAUGCUAGAGGACGACUGGUUGGGUAAGUGGCAUCCUCCGAGGCAAUACUAUAAUGAGCUAACAAUGUGCAGAAAUCCAGAUGCAGAAGAGGGAUGUCGAGUUCUGCUCGUUCCGCGAGAUUAG